AGAAUGCCAGACCAAAGCAUAUUCCAUGUCGGCGUUACACAUAGGCCUAUAUAAUAUAAAUAGACACUCAGUCUUUGGUUCAGUCGAGAUAAGCCACAAACAGCAAACUACAGCUCGAGUCACAGCUAGAGUGGAGGAAGAUUUUCAUCAGUCAGUGGCCUCAUCUCUCCUAUUCUUGCAAUCUACAUAGUCAUCAAAAUGGCUUCGCUCAAAGUCUUCGCUGCGUGUGUUCUUGUGUUUAUGGGACUUGUUGCACUUGGCCAGAGCGCCCCGGUCGAUGUUCGGUGUGAAGAUAUGGGAUGUUUUGCCCUCUAUGACCCCGUGUGUGGCUCUGACGGACACACGUACAGCAACUCCUGCACGCUCGACGUGGCAAACUGUGGCAAGACUGGUGAUGACGUCAUCAAACAGGUGUCCAAGGGUGCCUGUGGUGAUGACAGUUAGUCAAGGAGUUUACAGUUCUAAACUCCUUGCAGUUAGUCCAUACACGUACGGUGUAUAUUAUUCAUUGUAUUGUAUGGCGAGACUUCUACUACUAACACGAGAUAUUAAAGUCUUUUAAUUAUUUUUUUUAUCCUUUCACAGCAAACGAAAUAAAAGAGAAAUGGAGAAACUCUA